UAAUCCUUUUUUGGCUUUCAGUAGCUAACUAGCAAGUUCGCUAGCAAUAAGGCAUAUAACAAACUUCAGGUGAAUGAAUUUACCAAUUGGAUCAUAGCUAAUUGUUUAGGCGAAUUAUAUAUUCGGUGAAAUGGCAUCCGGGAUGACGGGGCAAACAUCGUGCCUUAAUAGUAGAUGGGAUCAAUCCAACCCCAGGGCAGAAAGGCUGCAAGGUUUCUUGGACUCCCGUUCUGUCGCAGCACCAGUGGGGUCUUCGCCAAGCUACACUGGGGAUCUAGGCAGCAGCAGCAGCAUGGCCGUCAUAACUACCAAUUCCUCAGUCACUAGCAAUACGGCGACGGCGAUGUCACCCACCGCGCCCGUAACCGGAACGUCACCCCCGUCAGAAAACACGCACACACCACAGGGGGGUGUGGAGCUGGCUGCUGCCAUGGCUGCCAAAAUCAAUGCCAUGCUCAUGGCUAAGGGCAAGCUGAAGACUCCUCAACCCUUGCCUAAUAAGAUAUUUUCCCAACAGAUUGUACCCACUGUGACGGUUUCCAGUACAGCAGACGAACUGGUUGUCACUGAGGUAGACAUUAACGAUGUGCCCAUAAACUGUAGGAACCUGCUAACGAAAGGGAAGACUCAGGAAGAGAUUCGUCGGUAUAGUGGAGCAGUAGUGUCGACGAAAGGUUUCUACAUGACCACUACUGAAAAAGCCCAAGCCAAAGGAGUUGACCGACCUUUGUAUUUGCACGUUCAGGGAAAGAGUCAAGAUGAAGUUAACAAGGCAGUGUUGCGCAUAAAGGAGAUCAUCUCUGAGGACGUCUUGCGUUCGCUGUCGGGACAGGCGCGGCCCACCAUCCCCACGGUGACAGUGUACCCUCAGCCUCCCAGACCUUCGGCCCCUGCCCAGCCCGCUGGUCCCCCAGCCCUCCCGCUCCCUCGACUGCCGCCUCCACCGCACUCAGCUCCCUCCGCCCCUCCAAGCCAAAGGCCGCCUGGUCCAUACAGCAGCCACUCAGGGAAUUUUGUGCACACAAAGAUAUUUGUUGGCCUGGAUCAAGCUUUGCCCUCUUUCAAUGUCAACGAGAAAGUCGAGGGUCCAGGAGGGAGCUACCUGCAGCACAUCCAGCUUGAGACGGGAGCCCGCGUCUUCCUCCGCGGGAAAGGCUCGGGGUACAUCGAGCAGGCCUCCCGGCGAGAGUCCUUUGAGCCGCUGUAUCUUUACAUCAGCCAUCCAAACUCUGCAGGAUUGGAAGCUGCCAAGAAACUCUGUGAAAGCCUGCUGGAAACCGUACGAGCAGAACAUGUCCGGAUGGUGUCUGUUUACACAGCAACUGGCUCCACUCAAGCAUACCCAGCUCAUGGAUACCCAGCUAAUAGCAAUUACAGUAGCCCAGUAUCCUGGUAUAACUACUCAAAUGGGUACACGGGCGGCUAUUCUGCAUAUCCAGGAUCCAGUGGUUACUGGAGUAAUGCAAAUGGUCAUCCCAGUCUUUCUAACAUUUCGACAACCCCUCAAUCUUCUCAGGCUAUGGUUCAGUAUCCAGUGUGUCCUAGGAAACCGCCACCUUACUUGGCACAGGAAACUGGGACCAGUUACACCACCACAAACGACAGCUCCUCACCUAGUACCUCCCCUCCUGGCAGUCCAAAGAGACGGUUUCUGGAUUCUGAGGAGAGUCUUGAAGAUAAGCAGGUCUGUGAAUCGGAGGCUCCGGCUUUGACUGAGCCGUCCACCACGCCUGCACCCGCCUGCCAAGAUGACCGAGUUGCAGAAAGGAUGCUGAUGCCCCCGCCUCCCGUGCCCUCGACCGCAGUGCCGCGCAAGAGGCCGAGGGAAGCAGUCUGUCCCGCCAGCGAUCCCGAAGAACCGGGUAUGGGAGACCCUGUAUCACUGAAGAAGACAAAAUCCCAGGAAGGUCCGUCAGGCUUAGUCCCCUAUGGUGGGGAUUCCUCUGAUGAAGAGGAAGACAGGACGCACAUCAGUAAGGCUUCCUUGUAAGCUAGCUCAAGCCAUCUGUAUUAAGGUGUAUGUAAGCACUGCACUGCAGUUCUCUGCUGGGACCUCAGGCGUUGUUCUAGAUCUUUCCACUUUGGCCUCUCCCAUUGAAAUCAGGAUUUUUCUCAUAAUUAUUACUGCAAGUACUUCGAUUUUAUUUGAAUUUGCGUGUAUAUCAACCACCCUUAUCAUUUUCAUCACUUGCUAUGGAUCAGUACACCUGACGCAUACAUGCUUGCCUUCAUUGAAUCUUUUCUCAUAUUGGAAAUUGCUGUAAAACCUGUUCCCAUGGAAUAUAUGUGUAAUAAUAAAAUAUUUUAAUGAUA